GACCCUCUCCAUGAGGGAGAAAAUGAAUAUGAAUGAGAAUAUAUUGCUGUGAUAUGAUACAAAGAAGCUCUUUAAAAAUUGUGAUUGUACUGUUCUCACUUUGACAUCUGCACACAGGAUAACUAAUACAUGUUACAUCACAUUGGUUUCUGUAAUUACUAUAUGUGACUGACACCAUAUGAAACAGUCCGGGGACAACUCAGUGGUUUCCACAUCUGUGGAGAAGGCUGGGAAUGAGCGGCCGGCUGAUGUGUCUGUUAUCAUUCCCACAUAUAAUGCUGAGGCCUGGCUGGAUGAAUGUUUGACAUCUGUUUUCCAACAAGACUUUGACGGCUCGCUAGAGGUGUCCAUUUACAAUGAUGGUAGCACGGAUGGUUCUGAUGGUGUUGUACAGCAAUGGAAGUCAAGGUUUGAAGAAAGAGGAAUCCGAGUAAUCAUGGGAGGUCACAAGUCUCCCCGGCCUCAUGGAGUUGGCUACGCAAAGAACCAAGCCAUUAGGCAGAGCUCUGGAUGUUACUUGUGUUUCUUGGAUUCGGAUGACAUCAUGAUGCCACAGCGAAUCAGACUACAGUAUGAGGCUGCACAUCAUCGACCACGGAGUAUUAUUGGUAGUCAGGUGAGACGGGAACCUGCAGAGGCUACAGAACGCUACACUCGAUGGAUCAAUGGUCUGACACCAGAACAGCUCCUAACACAGGUGUUCACAUCACAUGGACCAACAGUCAUCAUGCCCACAUGGUUUUGCUCCAGAGAGUGGUACUGUUAUGUGGGGCAAUUUGUUGAAGAUGGACAGGGCACUCCGGAAGACUUAUUGUUUUUCUAUGAACACCUCCGGAAAGAUGGUGGGGUCCAUCGUGUGGAUGAAUGCCUUCUGCAAUAUCGUUACCAUGAACACGCUGCUACACAUUCUGUAUCUGAGGAAACGAUCUGGAAUAAUCGUGUCAAAUUCCUAGAGGAGCGUGUCCUUCAGCACUGGCCAUCUUUCACUAUCUGGAAUGCAGGCAAACAGGGUAGGAAGCUGUAUCGGAGCCUGUCAUCUGGUAACAGGCAGAAGGUUGUUGCGUUUUGUGAUGUUGACAAUGCAAAAAUUUCAAAGGGUUUCUACACAUAUGAGGAAUCUGAGAAACGACCAAAGCCAAGGAUUCCUGUGCUCCACUUCAGAGACGCCAAGCCACCAUUUAUUAUCUGUGUCAAACUGGACCUGACAGGAGGAGGAUUUGAAGACAAUCUGCGGUCUCUCAACCUGAAAGAAGGAGUGGACUACUAUCACUUCAGCUGAUAUACUGCAACAGGAACACAGAACUUCCACUGCUCCCUGAGAGGCAGAGGCAUGUCACUGUCCUAAUGAGGUGACCCAUGUAUGGCGUAUAAACGGCAAUAGGAAUUUAUGGAUUGCACCUCCUUUUUAUGCCUGAUAGAAUAUUUAAUACACUUAUUGUGACAGAAAAUCAAUUACAUGGAAUGUGCUAAUUUAUAGCAUGGAACAGAACAGUAUGCCUUAGAAAUGUAUAUAACAAUGGCUUAUUAUGAUGUAGACAAGUUGACAGACAAAUGAAGUUAAUACAGAAUAAAAGUAACCGCAAAAUAGAUUGCAAGGAUAUUAGAAGUAAUCUCCUUUCUAUAACAUGGGAACCCUGUGUAAUAAGCUGAUGAUACCGCCAUACGCAUUCCCCAGGCUAAAUACUGUAUUUCUGUAACAUAACUGUGUAUUACACCAAUGAUCUGUAACUAUGAACCUUCUUGUAUAAAAACACAGCCUCGUC